GAUAACCACACUGCACAAAAGGCCCCAAAUAAUUUCUUUAAAAAAACAAAUGGGGAGCUCCAGCUAUGAUGUGCUGCGAAAGCAGGCGCGCACGCUGGAAAACGACAUCGACCUGAAGCUUGUGGCGUUCAGUAAAAUUGGAGCUGGCAGCGGAGGCAGCAGCGGCAUAGGCAACAGUAACAGCAGCAACAGCAGCGCUGACACAUCACCUCUGCUGGGGGAUCAUGUCUUUGACUCACUGUCCGAAGAAAUCGAACAAAUUCUGGAGAAGCUGUCGACCCUUAAUGAGUCGAUGUCGGAUCUGCCCGCAACAGGUGCGGCCGCCAUGCACACCCUGCAGCGGCACAGGGAGAUUUUGCACGGCUACAGGCAGGAGUUCAACAAAAUAUGCGCCAAUCACACGGUGCGCAUUGAGCGUGAGGAAUUGCUUCGCGGCUCAGGCUUGACCACCUCCGGCAGUCCCUCAAUAUCGGGACUGAGUCGUCGCGAGAUGUACAUGAAGGAAACCGGGCACCUGAGCAGCGCCAGUCAUCUGGUGAACGAUCAAAUCAACAUAGCCAUCGAGACGCGGGAUAAUUUGCAUGCCCAGCGCCAGGCCUUCAAGCGACUGCAGACGCGCUUCAAUGACAUUUCGAAUCGAUUUCCAUUGAUUUCCAGUCUCAUUCAGCGCAUCAACAUCAAGAAGCGACGCGAUUCGUUGAUACUGGGCGCAGUCGUGGCAUUAUGCGUAAUUCUGCUGCUGAUCUACGCCUUUAAUUAGCGACGGGGCAACGACUUGGACAAUCCAAAGAUAUAGGAGCUUGGCAUUCAACUCAAACUUCAGACAGUUGCAUAUUUCGUUUAUAUUUCCCGAUGGUAUAUGUGUAUAAUUAACUUGUGAUAGCAAUAAAAUGUAAAUAUAAGGAUGGAAA